AUGCUCGCCGACUAUCUACAAAGACGUGAGAAACUUAUCGCAGAGGAUCGCGCGCUGCGAAUAGACCAUGUUCGUGCCAAUUAUUCAGCGGCCGAGAUCAAGGCAGACAAAGUCGUGCGCUCCAUCCGUGCUAAAGAAGCUGUAUCUGUUUGGGGAGUUGAUCACGAGAACAUCCCUCACCCAUACCCCGGGAUGGAAUUCCUGAAUGCCAAAGAAAUUAUUGUAAAGACGGAUCUUUUUAGCAAAAUAGUCUCCAAAAUGCCAAAGGGUGGGCUGUUGCAUUUGCACCAGAACACCUCGGUGGAGGCCAGAAUGGUGCUUGAUCUGGCACUAGGUCAUCCCGCGAUACAUAUUCGUGUCCCGGGUCCAUUAGACGCGGCUUCUCUCGAAACUGUAUUGCCCAAGAUCCAGCCGAUUCCCGUGGAACAGUAUCCUGCCGCCGACGCAAUUGGUAUCACGGAUCUUUUAUAUACCGGCGGCUGGGUUCCUAUCAACAAGGCGCGAGAGCUCUUCGAUCCUGCACUAGGCGGCCCUGCCGGAUUUGAUAAGUGGGUGCUUAGCACCUUUGUGAUCAACCCCAGUGAUGCGUUUAAGACGUACAAUACGCCGAUGAAAAUCUGGCUGAAGUUUGGGAGUACGUUUGCCGUGACCGAUCCCAUCAUCCGAUUUGUGCCGAUUCAAAAGGAAUACUUGCGGACGUGCAUUCGCUCGUCGAUAGAUGAUGGCAUCUCGUAUAUUGAGAUACGGACUAGUUUCUUCAAAAAAUAUAUACUUGCAGAGGAUGCAAAGACCAAACUUGAACUACGUGAACUACUCUUGAUAUUUCGAGAGGUCAUAAACGAAGUGAAAGCAGAAAUGAAGGCGAAAGGCCGGGAAGACGAUUUCGCCGGGUUGAAGAUUAUAUAUAAUACCCUGAGAAUUAUCUCUGUCGAGGAACUGGAAGCAGAGCUAGAUCGGUGCAGCAGAUUUAAGCAGGAAUUCCCGGACCUUAUUGCUGGCAAGUCCGCGUGUAAACCACUGAUUUAUUAUGCAGAGCCGCUUCUGCGUUUCGCGGAGCAGCAUCCGGACAUCCCAUUCAUUUUUCAUGCUGGUGAAACUCUGGGCGAUGGGUCUGCAGCGGAUAUGAACCUGUAUGAUGCUAUUCUGCUUGGAACGAAGCGUAUCGGACACGGAUUUUCACUAGCCAAGCAUCCCAAAUUGAUGCAAAUUUGUCGAGAGAAGAAGAUAGCGAUUGAAGUCUGCCCUAUAUCAAAUGAAGUGCUGCGUCUUACCUCAUCGAUGCCUAUGCACCCCCUCCCGAUAAUUAUGAACCAAGGCAUUCCAGUGGUACUGUCUUCAGACGAUCCUGCAAUGUUCAAUAGUAUGGGGUUGUCCUUUGAUUUCUUCCAGGUGCUAGUGGCAAGUGAAGUUACGGGACUCCUUACUCUCGGCCAGAUGGCUCGUGACAGCAUUACUUAUUCUAUGCUCGAUGAACGGAGCAAGCGCAAGGCCAUGGAUGCAUGGGAAAGACGGUGGACCAAAUUCAUAGACGAGGUUGCGGCGAUGAGUCCAUGA